CCCCAAAGUGUCAUUCUUCAAAAAAUUUCGUUUAUUUCGAAAAGAAAUGCUUACCCCAAAUUUUUAAGAAUAAAUUCCAAAUUUUUAAAAAUUACUAAAUUUGUUUAUAUACCAGAGAACCCACUGAUAAUGGCUAAUAAUAUGAACGUGAGGCGACAUGUGGUUCAAGUGUCCGAGACCCCGGUGGGCCCAGCUGUGCAAUCUCUAUGCAUUGUGGGUAAUGAUGUGUGCGCAGUCACCCAGCAGGAUAUACGAAAAGUAGUGGACUUCCGGAUGUUUACCCUCAGCCCAUGUCUAGAGGGUGGUGCCACAACAAUUUUGCUGGAUCUCUUUGUCCAGGAACCGCGGGAGGAGGUCAAGCUAGCCAACAAUCCGUAUGAAAGGCGAGAGGUUCUGAAGGUAUCCAAGACCCCGAUGGCACCCGCAGUGCACAUUCCCAUUGUGGUGGGCAGUGAGCAGUAUGUGGUGAUCCAACAGGAUAUCAGAAAGGAGGUGGACAUCCGAAUGUUCACCUAUAGUCGCUUGGGUUCAGUUACUGCGACAACAGCAGUUCCCCUAAAUGUUUUUGGUGGUCCUGUCAUGAACCUGCAACCUUGCUUUCCCCAGGCUCUGAAGGUUCCUCACGUGUCCAUUGAUCCCUGUAAUUUGCAUAUUGAAAUCCCCAAAAAGCCAGUAAACGAUGUAGCCCUGGGCCGGUCCAAAAGCCAACUCUGUUACAGCGCUGGCACCUCCACCGAGGGGUUGAUGAAGAACAAUGGCAGCCAGCACUGUCCCAAACGGGAGGAGUGCCUUUCGAGCUGCCAAACUCAGACCAGUCCGCCCAGUCGAGAUGCCAAAUUGCAGACAAAUGUGGCUUGCCAAACGCAGCCGGCCACUAGAUGCCACGGAUGCAAUACCUCAUCAAGCCUGCAACUGGUCAAAGGGGAGGAGGUGGAAGAGGAGGAGUGUGAAGAUGAGGAAUCGCAUCCAUGCCACCCAUGCACCGACCGGGAAUUCUUGGUGCAGGAAGGGCCUAUUCUUCGGAAUUGUCCGCAGGAAGAACCCUGCACAUCCCGUCUAAUGGAUAUGGAAGAUCAACGGCGCUGCGACUGCAUAAGGUCAAGGAUCUACGCACAGAGAUUGGCCGAGCUUGAAAGGCAAAAGCAGCAGGAUUAUGACACUACUCCUCAACCACCUCCACCGAAGGAGUGGUUAUCAGACUUUGAAGAGCGGAAGCACAGGCAAAGAAAUAAUAGAUAGAGCCGUCACGUUUCACCUGUUUUCGAUUGAAGUUUUUAACAAAUUCAUACAACUUUGUAGUCCUUUUUAAUGCAAUAAUAAAAUUUGUGGCCUAACCUAA